ACCCGCGCGAACCUCGUCUCUCGGGCGGCAAGACAGAAAGAAGCAGCACUCGAGCCCUCUGCUGCGAACGUCUUCUUUGUGCGCCCGCCACUCGUGGCUGCAGCGGCCGGGGAGACGCCCGAAGGAGCCCACCUCCUCGCCACGCUCCGUCUCCCACCCAUCCUCUGUGCUACCUUGAUCAUAUCCUCCCUCUCUCCCGCAGCCCGCCCUCGCACCCACGCCAUCUUUUUCGCAGUUCGGUCAGGGUCUCGGGUGAAUUCGAGAAGAAGGUUGCGAACCGGGGGUGCUAGGACCGCGAUACCCGCUGCUACGCCUCAGCAAGAAACGCCGCGGCGGCUUCUCUUCGAGAGAGGCUCGACUCCAACCAGCCGCUGGCAGCCACAAGGAUCGGAACAGCUUCUUCCCUCAUACCCCGGGUCUGUUUGCCGUCCUACGCGAGUCCCGUGAAUCAUCGUCGUUACAGCGCGUAUUGAAGAACGUGCCUCUACAGAUGUGCACGUCCACAGGUUGCCUACCGAGUCUUCUCUGAGUCGAAACAAGUGUAGCGGGACUCUUUCGGGACGUCACUGUCCGGAGAUCUUCGAAAGCAAAGAUGUCGUGGCAGCAACAAGGCGGGCCGUUUGGCCAAAACAUGCCCACGACUCCGGGUGGCUCAGCUGAUCCAAACAGGAUGGCCUUCGCCUCUAAUCGCACCCCUACUAGCCCACAGUGGUCUGCUCCAUCAUGGCCACCAGCGCCGGAAACCCCAGACGCACCAGUCUACUGCAGCACGGGCGCACUGUUCCCCAUGCAAGGUGGUGGUCACAUGCCAUCUGCAGGCCAGAGGUCGGCGUCGCCCAACGGCCGCUUCACGUCGAGCGGACCCAAGUUCCCCAUUCCGCCGCCUCCGCCCGCAGGCGCCAUGUCCCCGCCCACACAAAAUACGUUCGGAAUACCGCCGCCGCCGCCGGCUGGACAAGGGAGGUCGCCAACGUCCAGCGGCGGCUACAGUCCCAACACCUUCCAAAUACCUCCGCCACCACCGCCAGGUGGUCGACCGGGAAGUGCCUCGCCUUCUGUCUCUGGCGGUGGACGCAGCCCCGGUGCCUUCUACAUACCACCACCGCCAUCACAGUCCCUGGGAGGCAUGGUGUCCUCGCCAACGAGCGCCACUGGGGGCUACGAAGAUCAGUCGUACUCGUACCCUCCGCCACCGCCGCCAAUCGCAUCGUCGUCGCCGGUGCCGGGUGUUUAUGGUAGCGGCGGACCAUUCCGCCACGAGCCGGCCACACCACCCCCUCCACCCCCUCCGCCCGCUUCGCAGCACGUUCCUGCGCCGCCGCCACCACCGCCGCUGCCUCCAGUACAAGGUGGAGGAGGCGGUCCAGGGGGACCACCACCGCCACCUCCGCCGCCACCUCCACCGCCACCGUCGGGUGGUGGACCUACCUGGAAGCAGAAGCAGGAGGCUGAGAAGGCCUCACAGAGGCAGUCAGGGUGUGGCUACGAUCCUGCCCAGAUUGCUGCGCAGGGACCCCAGGACGGCACCCAACCUUUCUGCUACCUGCCUCCCCAGCUCGUUGGCACGCUCAACAGCAAGGAUAAGAAGCCCUUCACAUACACGCCAGGCGGUUUGGACCUCUCCGAGAUCAAGUCUCCGCGCAUCCAGAGGCGCAUCAACGCUCGCCAGGAAGCGGCUGCCGCCCAAGGCGAAGGAUGGGGAGACCCGCCCAGCCGCCAGAUGGAAGGAUUGAACUUGGAUGGGACGCCGUCACAGCAGCAGGGCUACAUGGACCCUAACCGAACUCACUCGCUGCCCCGUCAGGCGCCAGGACAGCGCGCUUCGGACCCAGGAGACUUUGUGCAGUCGCGAUCUUUCCGCGUUCUGCAGAAGAUCACCGACACCGACUCUCCGGACUACCAACCACCAGCGCCGCCCAAGCCUCGGGAGGAGGAUGAGAUGCGGUUCAGCGGCCUGCGAAGGGACCAGAUCCCGUCGCGUUCCUUCCAGGCGCUCCAGAAGAUGACCGGCGCCGAUGACCAGUCCUACCAGCAGCAGCAGCAACAGCAGCAGUACUACUACCCGGCGCCACAGCAGGAACCACCCCCAGACAUCCGCGAGUACUGCAACCACCCGGAGGAACUGGACGACACGACCAUCAACCCGCGCUACCGCGGAGGCAACAUCCCCUCACGCUCCUUCAAGAUGCUUCAGGAGAUGACCGGCGACGACGGUUCCGUAGCGCCUUCCGUUUUCGACCAGAAACGUCAGCAACAACAGCAGCAGCAGCAGCAUCAGCAGCAACAACAAGCGGGGCCAAAACCCCGCAAGACAACUCAGAUGACCAUCCAGUUGGGAGGGCCCGAAGAAGGCGGCUACUGUGGCCCGCAGGGACAGGGCGGACUGGUGCAUGUUCCCGAGAAGGUGUUCCCCCACCCUAGCGUGCCGGCUUCGCAGCAAGAGGCCGAGCCAGACCCGCGCAAGUACACCGGCGGGAGCAUCCCUUCCAGGUCCUUCAGGAUGCUGCAGGCCAUGACGGGAGAGAACAGCGGAGAGGCUGGCACAGACUUCUAGGUAGCAGUCCUGGACGCGGGCCUACCACGCCUUGCGACGAAGACAACGCCAGGACGGAGGAGGCGAAAAUGCACUGUUGCCACGCUGGCUCGAGCUCUCCACUCGCGCUAUGAGGAUUGCAGUACCAAGUCACGUUGCGGCUUGAGUUCUUGUUUUUUUUUUUUUUGUUAUGUGUUCUUUCGUUGUUAAGGCAGCACGCGUCUCUGAGUCUCAAUAUUGGCCGUGCUUCUCAAUCACAGCUCGAAAUUGCAGCACACGCACACAGGAGAGACGCAGCUUGAAGCGGGGCGCUAACUUUUACUCGCGAAGAUGUCCUCAACAUCUCAUUGCAGUAUAUGUAACAAAAAAGACUGCUAUCAGAUCUUAAAAACGCAGACCGCAGCUUAAAGGGUGAAUAGUCGUAAAAGACACGUAUAGGCUAGGCACCACAGCCUUGACCUUGUAAACUAUGGACGUCAUGCACCAUGCAUCGAGUUGCUUCGUCCACAUGUAGUUGUGCUGAGACAAAAAGUUGCGGUUGAGAAGCACGACACGUUUGUUUGCGUCGACGCUUGUUUUCUCCGGUACCCGUUCGAAUACGUCGACAUGUCGAUUGGUGCAAAAGCUGAGGGCCACGGGUGCUUAAGCGUAAGGAGUCCAUUUGCCGUGUUAUUUCUACAUCGCAUAGCGACAUUCGUGAGCCGCCUAAGUAUGUAUUUUCUUCGUUCGUUCCUGCAGAAAUAAAUCGCACUUUUUUUGCCCGCUGUAUUGCCAAGGUUACAUUGAGCUGAGGCGUAUCGUAACACAUGUUGUUCUUAACUGGGUGCGGGACCCAGAUUAAGUGCUCAUUGUAGUCUCUAGUCAUCAUGGAGCUCCGUAUCUGCAAUAUUGUACUCGCUGUGACAAUAGUCUCAGGUUGCGCGUUUUUUUACAAAAAGUGAUAUUCUCCUUGUUCUUCGCCAAAAAGUCUACCGUACAAAAAAAAUGUAGUGACCGCGCGGAUCAACAAGCUCUUAUCUGACAACUUUCGUGCCCAUAUAUGAACGGGCAAUCGCGCUAAUGCAAAGCCCUAGUUACGGAGGAGGUUUUGCUAAUAGCAGGUGUUUGGUGCCGCAGGAGAGAUAGAACAAAAUAAAAGGCAAUAUCCUUCUACGUCUUUACGACUUGCCAUUUAUGAUAUGUCAACAUGUUUAUCAAAUCCGGCGCACGUAUGGUGCGCGAUAUUGUCAUUCGCGCUCUCUGAUCCAAGUGCCUUUCACGCGUCGCAAUGUUAGAGAAUAAAACGGAUGAAAAGCCCUUGA